UUUUCAAUAUACCGAAAACCGGAAGUUUCUCAAAUUCGUGUCAUCAUGGCGAGCGGAGGAUUGCCGUCUGACCAGCAAGAAGAAGAUGCCUCGGAAUUACAGUUCCCGAAAGAAUUUGAAAAUGCUGAGACUCUGCUGAUAUCGGAAGUACAGAUGUUGUUAGAACAUCGAAAGCAGCAGAAUGAGAGUGCUGAGGAGGAGCAAGAGCUUUCUGAGGUGUUCAUGAAGACGCUCAACUACUGCUCCCGCUUCAGCAAGUUCAAGAACAGAGAAACCAUUGCCGCUGUCAGAAGUUCACUUAUGCAGAAGAAGUUACACAAGUUUGAACUUGCUGCCCUGGCUAAUCUAUGCCCUGAAACAUCAGAGGAAGCUAAAUCUCUCAUUCCCAGUUUGGAAGGAAGGUUUGAGGAGGAUGAGCUGCAGCAGAUAUUGGAUGACAUCAAAACAAAGCGAAGCUUUCAGUACUGAGACCAUCCCUUCACUUGUGGAACCUUUCUGGAGUGUUGUGGAGGCAGGAGUUAUCUCCCUUGCAUGUCAUGCUAGUCAAGGGGUGUGAGCAACAUUUCUGUUGUGAAUAUUUCUUUGGGACUAUUUUAUUUUUACCUGACACUAGCAUGACCAUCUGAGUGCAACUACCGUUAUAGGGACACCAAUUAUUGACGUAUAUCUGUUGUGUGUCAUGAAUUGCAUAAAACUCUUCAUGACUUACAGAAGUUGUAAAAGAUCUGCCACAAAUACAUGGCUUUAGGAUAUGUAUUCAUAUUCUUCAUAUUCACAUUUACAUUAAAAGACUUUGUGUUUAUAUUAAAGAGUGAAAUUUAACAUUAACAAAUGUUUUGCAAGUACAUUUACCAUACAUGGUAAGAGAGAAUAAUAUUUAAAACAGGCUUUAUUGUCAGCUUAAAAGUGCACAAAUGUUUUGAAAUGUUUUCAGUUCUUCAACAAAUACUUGGUACUACCAUAAUGGUCUGGUCUCUGGAAAUGUUUGCAGUUCAGAUCUGUAUCCCAACAUGAAGCUGGAUUAAUGAUCAUUUGUUGCAAGAUCUUAUGGCAUUGUGUCUCAUCUCUCCAUCAUUUCAAACAUUGUUGUGUCAUUAUUCAUAUGAAGCAAAGUCUGUGCUCAUUGUAAUAUGUCAUGUUUCAUCAAUAAACAUUUUAUUUGUC